GACGAAUCCAAAAAGGUUGAGGUCUUUUGUGUGUCGAGCUGCUUCAGUAACUUUUCGUGAUUUGGACGCCGAUGAUUUUAGACAUCCUCUUGACAGACAGAAUACGUUGCUUUUGAGAGCAAUACCUGGUCUCAACGACAUUGGAAAAGCUUUACUUGGGAGUGUUUCGGAACAAGUUAUGCUUCUGGAGAACAUAGGGACAUCAGUUCUUGUUUCUGAGAAUCAGCUGCCUGAACUUCAUCGCUUAAUGGUUGAGGCUGCUAGAAUACUCAAUAUUGAGGCUCCUGACUUAUAUGUACGUCAAAGUCCUGUACCCAAUGCAUAUACUCUGGCUAUCAGUGGUAAAAAGCCUUUUGUAGUUGUUCAUACAAGCCUUGUGGAGCUGCUGAGUCGAAAGGAGUUGCAGGCAGUCUUGGCUCAUGAGUUAGGUCAUCUCAAAUGUGAUCAUGGUGUGUGGUUGACAUUUGCAAAUAUUCUCACUCUUGGUGCCUACACUGUUCCUGGUAUUGGUGGUUUGAUUGCUCAGAGGCUGGAAGAACAGCUCUUCCGCUGGCUUCGAGCAGCAGAACUCACUUGUGAUCGUGCAGCACUUCUUGUUGCUCAAGAUCCAAAGGUGGUCGUUUCAGUACUAAUGAAACUAGCUGGCGGCUGCCCAUCUCUGUCGGAUCAACUGAAUGUGGAUGCAUUCUUAGAGCAAGCUCGCUCUUACGAAAAAGCAUCAUCAAGCCCAGUUGGGUGGUAUAUUAGAAAUGCUCAAACAAGGCAACUUUCACAUCCACUCCCUGUUUUACGUGCACGUGAGAUUGAUGAAUGGUCGAGAAGUCAAGAGUAUAGGUCUCUUCUUAAGCGUGCAAUACAGACUGUGUGAAAUGUUUAGCACUACGUGAGGAUGAACGCCAAAACUGAAUACAUGUAAAUAUCCAAUACAGGAUUAUAGGGUACAAGUGCGGCUGCUCAGGCCGCAGAUUUUACGUGGAAUAUAAACCCACUUCAGCAGUUGAUGACUUGAUAUCUACCUACCAUUGUAGUUUCAGUUGUCGAAGUACUAGCUUUGAGUAUAUUUCCUUGGUCAAUAUAAUGUAAAAGAGGUAUGGUCUGAAUUUGUAUAGUCAUUAACUAUGUGUAUAUCAUCAAUAGCUCUGUACAUUCAAAUACAAAGAAACUUUGGUUUGAUGAUGGUCAUCAACGAGUAGAACUGACCGGCAACCACGAUUGUCCUGCGUUUUAGCUCA